GCCGAAAACUCGGAGAAUCGCAUCAAUUUUUCUAGAAAAAAAAAUUAAAAUUAAUCAUGUUUCGUUAUAUUUGCACAAUUUUGGUGAUUGUGCUGCUCGUCGAGGCCCAAGAUAGCGAAAUUACGGAGCGCGGGGCGUACCUCAAGCGAGAACACACACUCGUAAAGCCCUUUUUGAGUUCCUCGAUGACGGUGCCGAAUUGGGAUUUUUUCGGCAGUACGAUGGUCACAAGCAACUUUAUUCGUCUCACCUCGGAUAGUCAGUCGCUCAGGGGAUCGCUGUGGAAUAGCGUUCCAAUUUAUUCGCGAAAUUGGGACGUGGUUGUGAGUUUCAAGGUGCAUGGGAAGGGCAAGGAGUUGUAUGGCGAUGGCUUUGCUUUGUGGUAUACGAAAGACCGGCUCAUGGAUGGUCCCGUUUUUGGAAAUAAAGAUUAUUUCAGUGGAUUGGGGAUCAUUUUGGAUACUUAUAGCAAUCAUAAUGGGCCGCAUAAUCAUCAGCAUCCGUAUAUUAGUGCCAUGGUGAACAAUGGAAGUUUGACCUAUGAUCAUGAUCGGGAUGGAACGUUGACGCAGCUCAGCGGAUGUGAAGCUAAAUUCAGAAAUGUCGAUUAUGAUACGAGAAUUCGGAUUCAAUAUUAUAAUGAUGUGUUAACAGUCUACACCGACUUGGAAAACAAGCAAGAAUGGCGCACCUGCUUCUCCGUCGAAGGCGUCGUCCUGCCAACGGGCUAUUUCCUCGGUGCAUCUGCCGCUACAGGCGACUUAUCCGAUGCCCACGAAAUCAAUUCCAUCAAAUUCUUCGAGCUCGAACACGUUUCCGACGGUCACGAUCGCACCAAACUCAUUCCAUCCGCGACGAAAUUCGAGGCGCCACGCGAACGUCACGAAGAUCCCAAACCGGGCGCCUCAAACGUCAAAAUUUUCUUCAUGAUUCUCUUCACGCUCAUCAUUGUCGUGAUUCUGGUCGUUGCCGCCAAAUAUUUCUACGAAAAUUAUCAGAAAAAUUCCCGAAAACGAUUGUAUUAGACGAUUUUUAGAGAAAAUUUUUAAAUGGAAACAUUGCACUUUUAACAAGACUUAAAAAAAAUCUAAAUAAUUAAAAUAUGAGCAGCUAGCCAUAUAUUGAAAUCGCUUCAGGACCUCAGUUUGAUCACAUUUUUACUGUAAAUAUAAUUUUUUGAUAAUGAAAAAAAAAACUAUAAAUAUUAAGACUUUAACAGUAAGUUCAGUGUCGGGAUCAAUAUUUUAGUCUAGAGUUCCAUUUUAAUUUUAGAAAUAAAAACGAAAAAUUCCAAAUAUAAAAUUUUAAGGAAAAAAGUAGGAAAAGAGGGUCGUUACCGAAAAAAAUCACACGCUUGAACUGAUAUCACUGGAAACGGUGCAUUUCUGAAAUGCAAAAUAAAUAAAUUUAAUUUUAAGGUAAAAAUUUAGUGUAAAAUUCUAUAAAAAAAAGUCAAUAAAUAAAUAAAAUAAAUGCU